GUUUUGCCAGAUUGCAUGAAGCUCUGAACUAAGAUGGACGUGACGAUGACUUCCCUAAAGAGAUGGAGUCUCCCGCCCCUCGCUGCCUUCCUCUUCCUGUCCAUCGUUCCUACUGUAACUGAAGUGGUGGACUCAAUGUCAGACUGUGACCAGUUUCUUCUGGAGGGAACUCCGCCACAGGUCCCGGGCAUCUUGGAGGGCGGGAAAAUCCAGAACCAGAACCGAUACAAACCCAUUUGCCAGACUUUUGAGGACGAGAGAAGAUUUGUGACGCUCUACGACAUCAAGAACAAGAUUCCAGUGUUUUCUGCGUACAAGUACAGAGGGGGCGGAGGAAAGAGACCCGUUACCAGGUGGAGGAUAGAGCCACAGCUUGAAGAAAGAAACACGGACAACAUGAGGGACGACGCAUACCGCCAUCAGGCCGCCAACAAUGAUUACACAAAAAAGGGCACAGGCUAUAAUAGGGGACAUUUAUUUCCAUCUUCUCAUGCAUUAGAUGAAAGUGAUAGAAAAUCAACGUUCACCCUGACAAACAUCGUUCCACAAGCAGUGAGUUUCAAUGGAGGCAGCUGGGCAAACAUGGAGAGCUGCAUGAAAUGCUUCCUGAACAAGUACUGCGUCAACAUUAAUAAUGCCACUCAAGGCUUUGUAGUGACUGGAGCGCAGCCCAGCCAGAACAACAUACUCAAUAACAGGGUUAAUAUACCUUCCAUGUUAUGGUCAGCAUUCUGCUGUUACAGCAAUAAAAGGAAAAUGUGGCUAGCAAGUGCACACUGGGGCAACAAUGUUCCAGAAUUUGGACCUCAACAUCUGCAGACAAAGACUUUGGCUGAACUCCAUCAAGAACUGAGCACAGUGGACUCAAGAUUUGAGAUGUUUCCCAGAACACAGUGUCCACUCCACACAACUGUUGCUGAGUUUUACCCAGAAAUCAAUGCAGAUAACAAUUGCAAAUGCCCACCGCAAGCUUCAACCACAUCUACUACUUCUACUACAAGAGUUACUACUACCACUACUACAACCACCACCAGAACUACAAUGAAAAAUAACAAUUCAGAAAAUGAGGACGAUGGGCAAGGAGGAAAUCAGGAAGGAGGUGGUGGUGCUGGAAUUGGAGGUGGUGCUGGAAUUGGAGAUUAA